AUGUUCGCUCUCAACACAUUGUCAGCAAUUUUUGUGGCCUUUGCGCUUGUCUCAUUGUCUUUCCAGGCGCCAAUAAGCAAUGGAACCAUGAUAGAAGACUUCAGUCAGAUCACGCCGAGCGCGAACCUCAAGUGGCAGCCCUGUUUCGAAAACUUCACUUGUACCCGGCUGCAGGUUCCUCUAGACUAUGCGGAUGCCGGCGCAGGAACAACCGUCGUCGAUUUCAUAAAGCACGCCGCGCCAAGUCCUUUUGCAGGAACCCGCGACAUACUAUUCAACCCAGGAGGCCCCGGUGCAAGUGGAGUUUCUGAGGUCCUUUCUGACAUCGAUACAUUGCGUUUCUUCCUGGGAGACGCUCAUAACAUCGUGAGCUUUGAUCCCCGAGGAACAGGCAAUAGUAGCUCGGAAAUUGAUUGCUUCCAAGGUGAUGAGGAUGCCAGAAACGAGUUCGAUGCAGUAUAUAUCCCUGUCGUCGACUCAGAGUCUCCGAAAUCAGAAGCUGAGGUGUGGGCAUUGGCUGGCGCAUAUGGCGAUUGGUGCACAGAAUCGCAUCAACAUGACAUUGCUCGGUUUGUCAGUACAUCAGCGGUCGCUCAAGACAUGCUCCGAUACGUCGAUCUCUCACAGGAAUACUCAGAUGGAAAACUCUGGUACUGGGGCGUCAGCUAUGGAACAGUCAUCGGCGGCGUGUUUGCUUCUCUCUAUCCCGAUCGAGUUGGGCGAUUGAUCCUGGACGGCCAAGUCGAUCUCGCGGACUGGUACGCAGGCACACUGAAGAGCAACAUUGUCGAUCAAGACAAGAUUGUUGAGAAGUUCUUCCAGUACUGCUACAAAGCUGGUCCAGAAAAUUGUUCCUUCUACGCAGACUCUCCGGAGAGGAUUGAACAGCGCCUUAGCGACCUCAUCGAAACUAUCCGACGAGAGCCCAUAGGUGUCACUGACCGUUCCGCGGUAAACAGACCAAUUAUCAUCACAUACGAGGUCCUAAGAUUUGCACUGCUUAGUGCGAUGUACCGACCAAUAUCACAGUGGCCUGGUAUCGCGCAAAAUUUGUUAGAAUUGGAGAUGCGUAACGGAGUUUCGACGUCUUAUCUAGCCGACGCUUUCCAUGGUCCGUUCGAAGGAGGAACGGUCUUGUGCGCUGAUGCAGGUGGUCGAUACAACCUCUCCACGCCAGAACUCUUCUCGCAGCACGUGAAACUGAUGAAGUCUUUGAGCAACUGGACGGGCGAGGCGUGGCUUCAUCCAGUCGAGUGUCGGAAUAUGCACAUCACUCCUCCACCAAGCCAGCAGUUCAACUUCCCAACAACUGAGACUAAUACCACAGAUUAUCCAAUUCUUUUUGUAUCCAACACACUCGAUCCGAUAACGCCGCUGUCGGGUGCACGUCGGAUGCAGGCGCACUUUUCUAGCUCCUCCCUUUUGGUCGUGGAUGCGAUGGGGCAUUCAUCGCUGAGUGCUCUUUCAAAUUGUACAGCGCAGUACGCCCAAGAUUAUCUUGGUGGAACGCUACCGCCAGUAGGUACGAUAUGCCAGCCGAAUGAACUUCCCUUUGAAGAUUGA